AUGGGGAGAAUUAAGAAGGUGGCGAGCCAAAAGCAUGAGGCGACAAUUUCACCAUACUUGACAGAAUUCGUAGCUCGUGCCACGACUAUCUCCGUACCAGAGCUUCCCCUACACCUCAAUACCUUUUCUCGCUUAUGGCCGUUUCCCAGAGGUGAUCUAUAUCACUGGAUCAAUGUAUUGAACCGCUUUGACGAUAUUCUCGCGUCCGUCAUCGAGAAGUAUGCUCUCAACGCCGGCCCGCAGACCAAGCCUUUUGGCAGAUACGUUUUGAUCGACGCGUACACAAGUUCCGACGGUCAAUCUAAUUCUGAGGAUGCAGAUUCCAAAUUGAAUGCGUUGGGAUAUGGGCCGGAAGGCGAUAGGGAACUUGUGGAAGCGAUUCUUGAUUUCUCCAGGCUUCUGUUAGAGAAAUGCGGCAAUCGUAGCUUGUAUAACAGCAGCGAGCGCUUAGGGGAGCUUCUGAACACCACUUCACUCUCUCUUCUUCAGUCUACCCUCCGGUUGGCUCUUUGCCUGGCACAAAGAUACCAUUCCCGUCAGCGUGGCGGUUCCCAUCUUCAGCAGAGCUUGUUGGCAGCUCACUAUAACAUCGACCUAGAGAAGCUGCAGAAGAUUGCCGCACCUUUCCCCCGUCCUUACACGUCCGGCAAGGCGCCUCUUCCUCUUACUGCCGGGACCAAAGGCAAGGAGAAAGGAGCUCAUUCCAGACAUAAUGCUAAUGAUUUGAUCUCCAUUACUCGCGAAUCUGACAUCUGGGAUGAGUGGGGUCAUGUGCGCUUGAUCUACUAUCCUUCGGCCCCGGCUGAACCUGCUAAGUUGGCAUCGGAGAAUGCGCAAGUUGGACUGCCAUCACAACCUCCCACUACACCGACGCCUCUUCGGAGAAGUCACACCCAUCCUACUCCCCAGCUAAGUCGUACGACUGUUGUGGAAGAGUCACCGGGCUCCGUCACCAAUUCUCCAUCCGGAAAACAUGAGGAAGCGUUGCGCGGAGGCAAAGUUCUUGACAUCCCUUACUCGAAGGUUUCGGCAUCGAAAGCUGAAGAUCUUCUUGCUGCACAUUUGGACGAGUUGCCGGAUGAGUCGAAGUACGAACUACUUCACAGAAUCCGUACCGCCCAGGGUGUGGCCACAUCCAAUUCCACUCGAGAGCAGAUUCUUGCUAUCCGAAUUCUUGCAGUUACCAACUUAGCUUAUGUCUAUCCCGAGACGCUGUUCCAACAGAGGAUCUUGCAGUAUGAUAAUGAACAACCGAAACGCCUUCAGCUUGCAUACCAGUUGGGCGAGCUAGUUCAUCUCGGCGCAAGCGGCGAUCUUCCGGUUUCCCGUACUCUGCAGACCUUGGCUCUGAACGCGCUUGAUGCUUUAGCAAAGCACAAGUCACGAGCUAUUGACGUUUGUGCCGCGCUGAGCGUCAAUGUCAACCACGGAGUUCUCAUGUUCCUGACUCGAAAGGCUGUUAACGAGCUAGCAUCAGACGAAAGUGACAAGGACGAAGCUUACCAGGAUGAAUGGCGGGACGCUCUACUCGCUCUUCUGCGUACGCUUCCUGGUUCAAGCACUCGAACUCCGGAAACUCUUGUUUCAGCUGGGUUGAUACCGAUGUUUGUUGAUAUUCUGAACCUUCGCACUGAGAAGGCUCGCCGCGUUUAUUCACGUGUCAUGGAAUUUCUUGAUACCUUUGUUCAUGCGGUCCGUGAUGCUCUCGCGACGCUCACGAAUGCGAAGGGCUUUGACGCUAUCUCAGACCUUAUUGACUACGAGACCAAGACAUCUUUUGAGAGUGUCUCGAGCGGUGCUGGACUUCCCCCGCAGCACAAAACUCCGUCGAUCGAUUAUCAGAUUCCAUAUUUCCAACAACAAACCCUUCGAUGGAUGUUCCGCUUUGUCAACCACAUCAUGCAACACAAUGGCGGUGGAUUUGAUAGAGUCUUGCGGAACUUGAUUGACUCGCCUCAAUUGCUGACUUCCCUCCGGCUCGUGUUUGAGAAUGCUCGCGUAUUCGGGUCACAUGUUUGGAGCAACGCCGUUAACAUUCUCAGUAGCUUCAUUCAUAAUGAACCAACCAGUUAUGCGGUCAUUGCUGAAGCAGGAUUGAGCAAGAGUUUUCUGGAAGCUGUGACUUCAUCUGAGCUCAAGACUCCAGAGAAAACACCCGUUGUCGAGACGGAGGGUGCUGCACCUGAGGCUCAGCCUGGUGACCAACCAACUCCUCUGCCAUCUGAUGCCGUGAGUGGUCCAUCGCCACAUGGCGACCAGAACGACCGAGAAUACAAUAUGGCUAGGUCGAAGGAUGCGCGUCUUGCUCCUGGUAUCAUGCCUGCUGCAGAAGCACUAUCCUGCGUACCCUCUGCUUUUGGGGCCAUAUGUCUCAAUUCAUCUGGUCUUGAGCUCUUUCAGUCUUCGAACGCGUUAGAAAGCUUUUUUGAGAUCUUCGAAAAUCCCCAGCAUGUAAAGUGUCUAAAGGAUGACCACAACCUCGUCCGGUCAUUGGGCACUACCUUCGACGAGCUGGUGAGGCAUCAUCCAGCACUGAAAUCAUCGAUCAUGACCGCCAUCAUUGUAAUGGUAGCACGGGUCGGUCUACUAUGCAAGAGCAAGGCUUGGGCACAUGGCAUGGGAACGAAGAUGUGGGUGGAAGGUCCUCAAGGAAAGCCUCAGAUUUCUGGCGAUUACGAUGUGCUGGCCCUCGAGAUCGGUGCCGCAAUGGACGCAUCCCUGGAUGAUUUUCGAAACCUUGGAGUGCGGGAAUUGACUUCCAAUACUCUUCCUAACGGUGGAAGACUCAACCUAGGGGAUCUGACUCAACUUCUUCCAUCUUCGCCAGAGUAUGCAGAACCUCAGGACGAGGACGCAGCUGGCCUCACAGUUACAGAUUACGUCUACCCUGUUGUACGAUUCCUCGGCGCUUUCUUUGAAAACCAAGCCAAUUGCUCAUCUUUCAUCGAAUCGGGGGCUGUUGAAUUUGUUUUGGAUUUCGCGACCCUGCAGAGUCUUCCAUUCGACUUUCACAAUUCAGAUGCAAAUCAGGAGCUUACGGUACUGGUACAUAUGUUGGCGGAAACCAAACCGCACCUGGUCUUGCCGUCCCUUGUCACGCGAGCGGAGACUGCUGUCAACAGUCUUUCUGCUUUCUGGUCUGAACCCAGGGAUUCGGGUUUCUUUACACCUCUGAUUAAACCAGGCACCGAGAAGUUAUCCGAGGAGAAAGGCAAGGAUAUCUUGGACAUCGCGAAGACCAAUGGAACCUACUUUGCAAAGCAUAUGGCUGCCACUCUUGUCCUUACAGAUUUGCUUCGUGAAAUCUUCUCCAUGCCUUUGUAUCAGACCCGCCCUAGCCAACACACUUCUGCUUUUGCUCAAGUCAACCUAGCCGAUCGAUACUGCGUGCUCGUCUCGGCUCUGGGAAGUCUGCAUGCUGCUUGCGUCUGGGAGGAGAUCCUUCUCGAAAAGAAUAUUCCUGCCACUUGGGACCAGGCUACCAAAGCGCAAGCAGGAGCUAGCACGGACAAGCCCAACGAAGGGACUGAACUACCUACUGCGGAAGGUGGCACUGCUGAGCCUGCAUCAGAAGGCUCAGCAAACCGUGGACCUGAACUGCAAGGCGCUGCGCAGCAGUCCAACGAUAUCACCAAGGUACCAGAGGGUGGGGCAGCUUUCAAGAAUGUGCAGGCACUCCGCUAUCUCCUUAGUUCCCUGCCUUCUUCGAUCACCGGUUUCUUCCACAACUUAGGGCUCGGCCUGAUAGGAAAGCGGCGGGUAGACUCAUACCAAAGACAGAAUGCGACGAUGGUAGCGGACGCCAUUGCUGGGGCUGUGCUAAAUCAAUUACAGUUUACUCCUCCAAACUCAAGCGACAAUCCUAAGCACCGAUUCGCCUACCUUAUUGUCAUCCUCUCAUCGUUUUCGCAUCUGCUUUAUGAAGCUACAGCCGAACGUCCACAUUCGCACUAUCUCACCCUUGUUCUAUCUGCAUUCAAGAAAAGGCACGGAUUGAAAGUCAUGAAAGAGAUUUGCGAUGUCUUCAUGCGAGAGGUCAAGGCUCUCACGCCGCCUGAGUCUGUCCCUGAGUCAGAGAGUGAUGUUUCCGCACGACUUACAUCUGCUUAUGGAGGCAUCAAGAUCAUUCUCUCUUUCUUCGCGGAAUUGGCCUCGGGCAAAAACAUCGUUGAUUCCAGCCAGACACAGGCCAUUACUACUGGUGAUCGGGAUCGAGAUCGACCGGACUAUUUUCAACCUGGCCAGUUUUUGGUUGAUCUUCGGAUGGAAAUAUUGCCAAUGGCUCGAGACUUGUGGAAUUCCGACUUUGCUACGCAGUCGUCAAGCUCUGUGGUCAAAUGUCUAGUUGAUAUCCUUCGUUCAUCACUGGACGGCGAAUAUGAGACUGGGGCUGCUCGUCGCUCCGACACUCCUCCUCUCUUAGCAGAAGCGACAAGGAAGACGGUUGUAGUCAAUAAGGACCGCGUUAGUCACUUACACGAAGAAAAAGGAUUCGACAAAGAUCUGGCUACCGAAGCUCUUUAUCGCUGCAACAACGUAUACCUCGCUGCUGAAGAGUACUGCAAGGCCCAGAACCGGUUGCGAGCUCCACCAAGAGUCCCACCAAACCCCGAAGAUAUUGAUUCUGCUGGUGGCGAGACGUCAGAAGAUACCGCUCUUGGUGACGCACCGCCUUUCAAUAGCGGAUUCUUGGAACGCUCCACUCUUGCCAUGCUCCUUGCUCAGGCAUCCGGACGGUCAACUGAUGACGGUCCUCGCCAGCAGCAAGACCAGGACAGACCCGAUAAUGAGCUUGGCAAUGGGACUGAAUUUCUGGCCAGAGCGUUGACUCAAAUUCUCAAUGAUGAGCAGAGCGUGGCUGGCGAGGAUCGUGAUAUGUCCUCGCAUAGAAAUGCUCGCAACGCCGAUGCCUCAGGAAACUCAUCUGAGAGUUCGAACCAGGCAGGAACGGCCUUCUCAGAGCAACCUACAGAACAAUCCUCAAGACGACGUGAGCUUACUACGGUUGAAGACUUGGACGAGGAACGUGAAAAGGUUCGCUCAAAUCUGAUCGAGCGUUGCCUGGAUGUUCUUAAUGAACACCAUGACGUGUCCUUCGAGUUAUCAGACCUCAUCGCGUCCGCGACAAAGAAGCACAGUGACCCCGAGAGCUUCCGAAGAGAGGUCGGUGAGAUUCUUGUUCAGUCUUUGGUCUCGUUGCAGAUGGACAAUUUCCAAGUUGCUGGUAAAAAGGUAGCAGCUUAUGCCCACUUGCUUGCCUUGGUUUUGCAAGACAAAGACAUGUAUACUGCUACAUUGGACGAGCUGAAGGAAUGUUUCACAACCUUCCUUGGAUUCAUCAAAGUCUCUCCAGAAAAGUCAGCAGACGAGUCUUUCCCUUGGAUUGGGCAUGUGCUGCUUAUCCUGGAGAAGCUGCUUUCAGACGAUGCGCAGCCACCUCAAAUUCGUUGGAAUCUGCCCGACAGCGACAACUCGACUCCUGAUGACGCAGGACCGGCGCAGCUUGAGGAGCCUCUGAUUUCUCUGGAUCAGAAGACUCAACUUUAUGAAGCCAUAGUCGAAAUCUUACCUAGGAUUGGGAAGGAUGACACUUUAGCUCUGUCUGUGUGUCGAAUUCUCGUCAUUCUCACCAGAAGUCGCAGCAUAGCUGUCAGACUCGGGGAGAAGCGAAGCUUGCAGCGCCUAUUCGUUAUGGUCAAGCAACUAUCGAGUUCUACGAAUGAGAAACUUCAGAGCGCAUUUAUGUUGAUCCUGCGACAUAUCGUCGAAGACGAGGACACGAUUCGUCAGAUCAUGAGGAGCGAGAUUGUGGCCAAUUUCGAGUCGAAAUCAUCUCGUCAGAUCGAUACUACCGGUUACGUUCGACAGAUGUACCAUCUGGUCUUGAGGUCGCCGGAACUUUUCGUGGAAGUAUCCAAUGAGAAGCUGAAGUUGCAGCGGUACGAUAACCGUCAACGCCCACAGAUUCUUACUUUGAAGUCGGACAAGACCAAUGGCUCACCAGGGUCCUCAUCAGCUCGAGAAGGUGCUGAAAACACGAGCACUAGCAAUAAUAACGUCGCAAGCGGUGCACCUUCAUUGGAUGACAAAGAGAAGGGUAAAGCUGCGGAUUUGAAGCCACCUGUGGUAGAGAACCCCGACGGCGUUAUCCACUAUCUACUGUCCGAGCUCUUGUCCUACAAGGAUGUCGAAGACAAGGAACCCCCAGCUGAAGCCGGGGAUGCAGCUGUAAACGAUCAAUCAGAAACUCAGACCGACAUAGAAAUGGCGACCGAUGAACCCACCCCGUCCGUCUCCAGCGCCGAACUGCCGGGUGCGCGUACCUCCAAGAAAUCGGAAAAGCCUUUAUUUAAGGCGGACGAGCAUCCUAUUUACAUUUACCGGUGUUUCCUCCUGCAAUGCCUGACCGAACUGCUGUCUUCUUAUAAUCGCACAAAAGUCGAGUUCAUAAAUUUCUCGCGCAAGGCUGAUCCCCUUGCAACGACGCCGUCGAAACCCCGGUCGGGAAUUCUGAAUUACCUGCUGAAUGUUCUCGUGCCUGUGGGCACGAUGGAGCAUGACGAAUCAGUUGCCUUCAAAAAGCGAAGUAACACUUCUGCUUGGACAAUGCGGGUACUCGUCGCUCUGUGCACCAAAACUGGUGAGUUUGGGGGCAAUGGAAGACGUCGCAACGAUCAGAAUGCGAAUGAGGAAGAUGAGCCCGAGCUCGCUUUCGUCAGGCGUUUUGUCUUGGAGCAUGCGCUACGGACAUACAAGGAAGCGAAUGCGUCUAAUGAACAGCUGGAUGUGAAGUAUUCCAGGCUAAUGUCGCUUGCGGAUCUGUUCGAUAAAAUGCUCAGCGGGUAUGCCUUCGUUUCGGGUGACACGACUUUCCCGUCCUCCACCAGGCAGCUCGCCAAGACCAUGUAUGAAAAGCAUUUCAUUGCUGCUUUGACCGCCUCGAUUGCUGAGAUUGACCUCAACUUCCCGGCAUCCAAGCGGGUCAUCAAGUAUAUCCUGCGCCCGCUGAACAAGCUUACACAAACUGCCGUCAUCCUAAGUGAAUCGUCGGAUAUUUCUACUCUUGGAGAUACCGAGGAAGACGAAAUCUCCUCGGCCACAUCUGUCUCUGAUCUUGAUGAUGACCGGGAAGAGACUCCUGAUCUUUUCCGCCAUUCUACAUUGGGGAUGCUGGAGCCUCGCCAUGAGGAGGAGACCAGCUCUGAAGAAUCGGAGGAGGAGGAGGACGACGAGAUGUAUGAUGACGAAUACGGUGACGAGAUGGAUUACGAUGAAGACAUGCCCGAAGAUGACGGCGAGGUGGUUAGCGACGAGGAGGACGAGAUCGAGGGUGUCGGACCUAUCGAAGGCCUUCCGGGUGACUCCGGCAUGGAUAUUGAAGUCGUGAUUGACGACGAAGACGAUGAAGACGAUGAAGAUGACGAUGAAGAAGAUGACGAGUCCGAUAUGGACGAUGACGAGAUCCUCGCUGGUGAGAUAACCGGUGAUCAUGACAACGAUAGCUUGGAGGAAGGUGAUGAAGAUGAAUGGGAAAGCGAGGAAAUGUCCGAAGAUGACGAGGAAGCGGAAAUCAUGAAUCAGUUCGAGGACGAGCUAGCCGAUAUUCGGCAAGCAGAUCGUCGUGGUGAUAGCCAGCGUUUUGACGACUUGUUCCGCGUCUUGAACGAAGCUGCAGGGGGUGUCGAGGAUCUUCAGGCCGACAGCCUCGGCGAUGCGCAUGAUGACAUGGUCGAUGAUGAUCUGAAUGAUGACGACGAGGAUGACGAAAUUGACGAGCUUGAGGAGGAAUUAGAGGGCAUUGAUGAGGACGAAGGAUCAUACCAAGGCUUCGACGAUGAUGAAGAUCUAAUCGAUCCGUGGGGUUGGGAUGGCGACGAGCCUCCAUUGCACCGUGGACAUCACCAGCGAUUCCGCGGCCCCCAACCGACCUGGGCUGCCGUUACCGGAAUGGUCCCGAAUCGCCAUGGCAUAGUUCCAAUUCAGCCCUACCGAUUCCAUCGAACGCAAGUUCCCGCUCGUGGUACCGACGACGGCACGAAUCCCCUUCUUGUUCGAACCGAUCGGGGUGCAGAAACUGCGCAGCCCCGCUUGCCCGGCAAUGAAGCUUUCACCGAUUGGGUCCAUGGCAUGGAACCUAUCUCUACCGGACGUCUUGUUCCCAUGGACAGCCCGGUAAGCUUCAUGAACGCAAUCAUGCAGGCAAUUUCCGGACAAGCGACGCCGGGCUUCGGCGUCAUAACUCGUCCAGACGGGAUACAUGUCCACGUCGAUAGGCGCGCUAUUUUACCAAACCGUAGUAUUCAAGACAUCUUCGGUCUUGGCAGACCACAGGCUCCUCCGGCUCGGACUCGCGACGAUCCUUCUCAAGCCGUAAGCUUCGCUUUGGCCACCACUAGAAGUCGCUGGCAAGAGGAGGCUCGCAUCCUGUUCAGCAGCACUUACGUCGAGAAGACACAGCGUGUCGUGAAUUCUCUGCUGAAGAUCCUUGUUCCGCCUGCAAUUGAGGAAGAGAAGCAACGUGAAAAACAGAUGGAAGAGGAGCGCAAGCGACGGGAGGAAGAGCGGGCCGAGCGUGAACGUCAAGAACGCAUCGCUAGAGAGGAAGAGGAAAAAGAGCGUAAACGAAAGGAUGAGGAAGAAAACGCUCGACGUCAGCAAGAAAUGGAGCAGCAGGAGGCAGAGCGUCAAGCCGCAGGAAUCGUCUCCGAGCCAAUGGACGACAUUCAAGAAACAGCUAUGGAAGAGGCUGCGGAACCAUCGACCCAGGCUGAAGUUGGCCCGUCAGAGCCUGCUCGUCGAGUGCACACAACGAUCCGCGGCCGCCAGCUUGAUAUUACUGGCAUGGAAAUAGAUCCUGAGUAUCUCGAGGCACUGCCUGAAGAGCUUCGAGAAGAGGUUAUCAUGCAACAACUCGCGGAGCAGCGUUCGCAGGCUGCCGCAGCUGGUGAAGAGCCCAGCGAAAUUAACCAGGAGUUCUUAGAGGCAUUGCCUCCGGAUAUUCGCGAAGAACUUUUGCAGCAAGAAGCAGCUGACCGUCGCCGCCGAGAGCGCGAGAGCGCACGCAGGCAAGCGGCGGCUGCCAAUGCCCCAGCUCACGCCGAAGAUAUGGACGCUGCCAGCUUCCUUGCUACCCUGGAUCCUUCCUUGCGACAAGCUGUACUUGCUGACCAACCCGAGGAAAUUCUUGCGACUCUAGGUCCGGAAUUUGUUACCGAGGCACGCGCCUUGCCAGGAAGACGAUUGGCUCAGUUUGGCGAUAUUACCCGAGCUGAUCAUCGUCCUAGAAAUGAACAAGCUGAAGAUCAAGAGACCAAGAAGCCACAACGCCGCCAGAUUGUCCAAAUGCUCGAUAAAGCUGGCGUUGCUACUUUACUCCGUCUGAUGUUCAUGCCUCUUCAAGGAAAUGCGCGCCAUCAGUUGAACGACAUCCUUCACAACGUGUGUGAAAAUCGCCAAAAUCGCAUUGAGGUCAUUAGCCUUCUUCUGUCUGUCCUCCAGGAUGGGAGUGUAGACGUCCCGGCGAUUGAACGCAGUUUCGCUCAUCUUUCGCUACGUGCAAAGCCUUCUUCGGUCCAAAAGACUCCUCAGUCCGUCAAGCGUAACAUGGCUUUCCACACUUCAUCGAGUGUCAGCAGCGAUGUUACUCCAAUUAUGGUUGUGCAACAGUGCCUGGGCACUCUUUCUUUCUUAUCCCAGUACAAUCCCCACAUUGCGUGGUUCUUCCUUACGGAGCAUGAUCCUGCUUCCACAUUGAAACUGAAGCCAUCCCGCAAAGGCAAAGGGAAGGAAAUUAAGGCAAACAAAUUUGCUCUGAAUGCUCUUCUUAAUCUACUUGACCGCAGCUUGAUCAUGGAAAAUCCGAACUGCAUGGAACAACUUUCUAGUCUACUGAAUAGCAUUACACAGCCACUGACCUUACUUCUUCGUCGAGAGAAGGAAAAACAAGAGGAAGAAGAAGGCAAAGACAAAAAGCCGGAACAGGCCCAGGUGGCGGAACCAAGUGCUGACCAGGAGCAUGCAGCUCAGCCAAGUGAAACUAUGGAACCGGCAGCUGGCACCGACGCAACCAUGACUGAUGCGCCCGCCGCUACUGUGGAAGGUGCAGAGCCCCAAGCUGCUCAGGCAACAGCACAAGAAGACGCUGCGCCGGUCGAGGCAGACAAGGCCGAGACAGCAAAGGAGACAGUGGAAGAUGAGAAACCGAAGAGGAAGACUAUUGAACCUCCUGUUGUUCCUGAUCAAAAUCUUCGCUUAGUUGUCCACAUUUUGGCUGCUCGAGAGUGCAACGGGAAGACUUUCAGAGAAACGCUCUCGACUAUCAAUAAUCUUUCAGCUAUUCCCGGCGCUAGGGACGUCAUUGGCAACGAACUUGUCAACCAAGCCCUGAGUCUCUGCACCACGAUUUUAACGGAUUUGGACGAACUUCUAUCUCAUAUCCACCAAGCUCGAACAGGCACAGACAUGCAGGGCUUGGCUUUGGCGAAGUUUUCACCAGCCAGUUCAGACCAAGCCAAAUUGUUGCGUGUCUUGACGGCACUCGACUAUCUGUUUGAUCCCAACCGUGCGGAUAAGGUUAAGGCGCCUGAACCUGACUCUACCGCUAAGGAAGAUGUCCUGCAAACGUUGUACGAGAGCUCGACUUUCGGACCUCUGUGGACUAAGCUCAGCGAAUGCCUGACUGUCAUCCGUCAAAAGGAAAAUAUGCUGAACGUGGCCACCAUCCUCUUACCUUUGAUUGAGGCGUUGAUGGUCGUGUGCAAGAACACGACGUUGAAAGACACCUCCAUCGCUCGCAACAGCCGAGAAUUGUCUGUGUCUACCACUUCGGCCGAUGCCGGUUUGAAUAUGGAAGGCUUGUUUUUCAGAUUCACAGAAGAUCAUCGCAAGAUUUUGAACGAACUUGUUCGUCAGAAUCCUAGACUGAUGAGUGGGAGCUUUUCUUUGUUGGUCAAAAAUCCGAAGGUUCUGGAGUUUGACAACAAGCGCAAUUACUUUACUCGCAAGCUUCAUUCUCGUGGAGCUGAGCCUCGCCACCCUCAUCCGCCUCUUCAACUUUCUGUCAGGAGAGACCAAGUCUUCCUCGAUUCUUUCAAGUCUCUGUACUUUAAGUCGGCGGAUGAGCUGAAGUACGGCAAGUUGAACGUGCGCUUCCAUGGUGAGGAAGGCGUCGAUGCCGGAGGUGUGACCAGAGAAUGGUUCCAGGUUCUUGCUCGUGGCAUGUUCAAUCCCAACUAUGCCUUGUUCAUCCCCGUUGCUGCUGAUCGUACCACGUUCCAUCCAAAUCGCCUGAGUGGUGUCAACUCGGAGCACCUGAUGUUUUUCAAGUUCAUUGGACGCAUUAUCGGCAAAGCUCUCUACGAAGGGCGCGUUCUGGACUGCCAUUUCAGCCGAGCAGUCUACAAGUGCAUUCUCGGCCGAUCAGUCUCCAUCAAGGACAUGGAAACGCUUGACCUCGAUUAUUACAAGUCUCUUCUCUGGAUGCUAGAGAACGAUAUUACCGACAUCAUCACUGAGACUUUUGCCGUCGAAACUGAUGACUUUGGCGAGAAGCAGGUGAUUGAUCUCAUAGAAAAUGGCCGCAACAUCCCGGUGACUCAGGAGAAUAAGGAGGAAUACGUUCAACGUGUGGUGGAUUACCGUUUGGUCAAGUCUGUCAAGGACCAGCUUGACAAUUUCCUGAAAGGCUUCCACGAGAUCAUUCCUCCUGAGCUGAUUUCCAUCUUCAACGAACAAGAGCUUGAACUUCUUAUCUCCGGUCUCCCUGAGAUUGAGGUGGACGACUGGAAAGCGAAUACCGAGUAUCAUAACUAUUCCGCCUCGUCACCGCAAAUCCAGUGGUUCUGGCGUGCUGUCCGCUCGUUUGACAAGGAGGAACGUGCCAAACUCCUGCAGUUCGUUACAGGAACAAGCAAAGUGCCACUCAACGGUUUCAAGGAACUUGAAGGCAUGAACGGGGUCAGCAAGUUCAAUAUUCAUCGCGACUAUGGCAACAAGGAUCGUCUUCCAAGCUCGCACACAUGCUUCAACCAACUUGAUCUUCCAGAAUAUGAUAGCUACGAGACUUUGAGACAGCGUCUGUAUACUGCAAUGACGGCUGGCAGUGAUUAUUUCGGAUUCGCAUAG